CUGGCAGCGAUUUGUUGUUGCGGCAAGGUCGAUGGCGUGUGUACGAUGGAUUACCCACAGUUUCUCGGGUAGUACCGCUAUUUUAGUGAUUAUAGCAAGUCUCAGCGUUCUUGGAGGCGAGCAUGAAACCACAUCUUCCUGGGUUACACUUGAGAAGUCUAUGCCACGGCUCGUUAGCAAGUACACUCACUUCGGCAAAGUGGUGGUGUUCCAUUUCAACGUCCCUGAUGAGGUUUUGGAGGCCAGCUUUCACUUUAAGGCCAACAUCAGCAAGCGUUGCUCAGUUAAAGACUUGCAUUUGUACAUGCAACACGGGAGCUUCCCAGUCGUGAACCCGUUCAAUGCAUCUUUUCCGGAGCAUUACGUAACAGGGCUGGGCUCAGGAACGUUGCGGUACAUAACCGUGCGCACCGAUGAACAACCUCGCUACAUCAACGUCACCUCGCCUGUGCCUGGCGGUUGGUUUGCAGUCUCAUUCUUCAUAGAUAGCGAUGAACGAAUUCUGCAAAAGAACCUCCACACCCCUUGCAAGGCGAUGAUAUCUGGCAUGUUCAAUGCACGCUUGGCCAAUAAUGUGAGAGUUUUGCUGUUGGAUCAAAGCUCGACACAUAGUAUCAGGAGGGUAACAUACUUCAGAUUCAUGUCACCAAAACAUGCCUGGAAUGUAAACUUCUCUGUGACACACUGUUCCGCUACGGACGAUGCAGAGGGAGAGCUUUGCCCUUUGAUAAUUCAUGCCGCAUCUGGCGUGCUGCCCGAAAAGUUUAACAAAUCCGACAUCAACCACAGUUUCGCCUUGGCGAACUCGUGCCUAGUCGACUGUUCAAACUCUUCUUCUGGUCAUUGUACGGGGUCCGUGGUUCCAACCCCAAAUGUUUGGAGCUACAUUUCGAUCAGUCCCAGGAGUCAUGUCGUCAACUUCACUCUGACUACCAAAUCUACAGUGUGCAGCGAUGACAUUGAGAAUGUCUCUCCAAUGAGGGCGAAGCAGAAGCAAAAAGUUCACCUUCUCCAGCAAAUGCUCUCCUCCACUGGGUCGGAAAUACGCUCUGUUCUCAAGAACUAUAUUGCUCCUUCAACAUCCAGGAAUAUGUGCUGGCCCACUUUUGCCCUUCAGUAUGUGGACAAGUGGAUCGUAUUUGAGUACGGCUAUCAGUUCUUGGACACAGAGUUCUCGUCCAACUCCAGCAUUAACGUCACUACGAUGUCUCCGACGCUACUUACAUUCAACGUAGUACAGGGAACAGGAACUGGUGGAACACUCUCUUUGAGACUGGUCAUCGACCCACAUCAUGAGGGACCGUCACUGGCAGAACUCACUGUGCGGGCAGCCCUCUCAUAUGGCACACGUCCAAAGCUUGACCCCGAUACUGGGACAUGGCUUACUAAAGGCGUAGUAGAAGUCAACACUAGCAGGGCUGAAUUCAGAUCUGGCCAACUUCAUGUCCCUUUUCCUGAAUCGGGACUAUGGUACCUGGGCAUUUUGCCUCUGUGCACGAGCCAUCACAAGGAUAAUCGGAGCGACCCCGAACAUGUGGCCUGCGGUGUGGACCACGUCCCUUUGGAAGUGCACCUGAAUGGGACACCUUGCCUCAACAUGGAAUGUGGCAAGUUUGGGACCUGCUUUCAGUAUCAGAGCGACAGCUUCUUAUACAGUUGCUGCAUAUGUCGUGCAGGGUACCGCGGCUGGGGCUGCUCAGACGACAGAAAAGCGCUUGGCCACACGGAUCUUCUGGUACGGCUGCUACUGCUGACACUGAGUAAUCUAGUCAUGAUACCUGCCAUGGUACUGGCGUACGUGCGGCACCACUACCUCGAAUGUGUUGUCUACACAGCCGCAAUGCUGGCUUCCACGUUUUAUCACAUGUGCGAUGCUGAGCUGUCACCCCUCUGUGUGGUGCCACUGGAAGUGUUGCAGUUCUGGGACUUCAUGCUGGCAAUCGCCGCCUUCUGGAUCACGCUUUUAGCCAUCGCGAAAGUGCCAGAGAAAGUGCGAUCGGUGUCCGCCACACUGGGGGUGUUGGCAAUUGCUGCAGUGGUUCAGUACGACCGGACGAGCCUCGCUGCAUUUGCUUUACCUGUGACAGUCGGCAUUUCUAUCGUACUUAUAUCUUGGGCUCGACAGUGCUAUGCACUGCGCACCUGUUACCCUCAUCGAUGUGUGUGGCUUCUUUCCAUAACUCCUGGGUUCCUACUAACAGGCACUGGGGCAGCAUUGUAUGCCUUCUUCGAGACACGGUCAAACUAUGCUUAUGUGCAUAGCGCCUGGCAUGUCUUUGCAGGUCUUGCACUUCUCUGCGUUCUUUCUCUGCGUCAACCAGAAUCAUCAGGUAGUGACGGAAAUACUGGCAAGAUGUGCAGCUAUAUUGCUGUAGUGGACGGAAGCAACCCAAAUUCCGCUGCAGAACCUGCUGCAGAACGUCUUGUGCCAACUACCGAUAUUGAGAGCAACACAGGGCCAUAGAACGUACCCGUAGACAUAACCCUGUCAGUCUAUGACGUCAAAUAUGUCCAUAUAAUAUUUGAUGGUACUACAUCAAAACCCACACAGUGCCUUGUUGUUGUCAGACUGUAGCCUUUCGAACAUCCCAGAAGCUGAGUCAAAGGUGUCGGCUCCAGAGAUUAUAAAUGGGGGAGUUUUGAAUGAAUCUUGACUCUGAAGAACCAGUGAGAAGUUUACAACUGUUAAUUGUGUCACGCGUUUCUAAUGUAAUUAUUUGGAUGUAAAUAUUAUUCACACAUUACAUUCCUGCCGCGUCAGAUGUUAAUGAAAAGCUUCGAUAAAGGAUAUCACAAAGGCACCUGGACACGAGUCAGUGUCACGGGACCGCAUGAAAAAAAAAGUGCUUUUGUGUAAGGAUUGAAUGGUUUAUUUCAUUAUUUUUGGAAAAUGAAAAUUUGAGUGCCCAGCUAGUCGAGGGAAAUGUUAUGCACGAGGCUUCCUGCCUUAAUUACAGUCCUUCUGCAGUGAAUGUUCGAGCACAGAUGCAUUUUACUGUCGUAGUGAUCCAGAAAUAAGUGUUAGAUAACUCAAAUUCAGGAAGGAACCAGCAAAAUUUCAAAGGCCACACCCUACUGAUUCAAAUACUGGAGCAACACAAAUUUCCCACACAGUCGUGCCCGUUUAUUACGAUCUCCAAAAGAACUACAACUCCGAUAUAAUCAAAUCUCUGGUUCCGGUCAGCUUGUCCAUUGGACAAGCUUAUAAGCGUGACAUCGAUAUAAUGAUAAUCAUAAAUGCACUUGCAACUUAUGAUGAGAACUAAUGGAGGUUGCUUCCUCUACCCAUCAUUUUCUCGCCCUCAAGUUUUUUCGGAGUUGGUGUGUGCAAUGAUUGCAUCUGCUGCUAUGGGAAAUGUUUCAGUGAGGAAAGGCACAUAUGGCUCUGAAUGAAGUUGUGCGUGCUCAACAGAUUUUGUACCGGCGUACCAGAGCAAAACCUCAUUGCGAAGUACGGUGCUUUUCAACAUGUGAGUUGCCACGCCACUGAAACCCGAGCCGAUGAGUUACCUAUGGACGAGGUGCGUUCUAAUGAACAACGCAGUUCCAAAAGUGAGAACGAUGAGGACCUACGUGACUACGGCACUGUGAUGGUGAGCAAUGAACGAGGUCAUUGAUAUAAAGAGGUACAGAACUUCAUGGUGGUGUCGACUGUUAUGUUGUCACUGGAAAACCUUCCAUGUAAUGUGACUCAAAGCUGCUUCAACAUAGAGCUAGAUCAAAUGUUUGCGCAGCGGCGGAAGCGGCGCUGCGCAAAUCUUUAAAAUUUGUUUAUUUAAUACCUAAGAACUUUUCAGACUAAAAAAUUAGCCAAGCAGAUUGUCGGCCGAUGACAAGUUUCCGGAUGCGCCCGUGUCUUGAAGUCCACAUUAUCAGGCUUUGAUGAAACUUAGCUUGUUCUCCCUUCCUGCUAAUGGAGGUUAACUAAUUUGACAUAUUUCUAUUAUGUGCUCAAAGGUCUGCGAUGCAUUAGGAAUGCUAAAAGGACAAAAGGAAGUUGCAUAUAGUGCACAUGUUCUUUUACAACCAGCAAUGAAAGGGAAGUUUCUUUAACAAGCUGAAGUGUGAUACUUUUUGUUUCACCUUUGUGUUCAAACUUUUACUAGCUUCAAAAAUAGAUGUAGUGUCCAAUACGAACAUUAUGCUAAUUAUAUUGUAAGUUAGACAUGCUUCAAUGAAACACUACUUAUCCUUAGCAUCUUGGUGACCACUAACGAGUCUAACUUUCGAACAUUUACUGAUGCCUUAUCUUUCAUUUUGUUCUGACAAGUGAUGGGAAGAGGAGAUGGUCACAAUAACCUAGUGGUAUGGGACGUCAUUUCACAUUCUGGAUAAAAUGGUGUAACAUAAUAGUUGCUGCAAGCUUUUGUGUGAUCACCUGUACUUGGCGACCUUCUCUGCUAUGUUGUGCGUUUGUCCUUUACUUACACGUGUGUGGCAGAGGGCACAGAUGUUAGUCCACAGUGUGAAAAUUCUGAGUCCCAAACCUUUUGUUUGUCCCUUCUUCAACUGGUCAGUUACAAUAAAAUGACUUGUGAUA